GGUUGAGAGCUGAGUGAGUGUGUGGGAGUGCUGCACCAGAGAGCGAGAGAACGAGAGGGACGUUGGCGGGAUUCGAAACAGAAGGAGAAAGCCGAAGAGAAAGACUGGAACAAGUGUGCACACGGACCUAGUCGGAAGCACGAGGAUCGCGCGCGUGUGUGUGUGUGUGUGAGUGUGUGCAGUGCAGUGCACGUGUGUGUGUGUGUGUGUUUUGAGAUACAGUAAUGUUGGAGCACUCGUCUGAACGCGGCUUUGUGCCUAGUGUGUGUGUGGAUGGCAUGCGCUACUCCUCUACCACUAACAACCCUGUCACCAUGAGGACCAGCGAAGAGCUGCUGCUGAGUAACGGCACAGCUGGGAAGAUGAAUGGAGCUCUGGAGCAUUCGGAUCAGCCCGACCCGGAUGCAAUUAAGAUGUUCGUGGGUCAGAUCCCUCGCUCCUGGUCUGAGAAGGAGCUGAAGGAGCUGUUCGAACCGUACGGGGCAGUCUAUCAGAUUAACAUCCUGAGGGACCGCAGUCAAAACCCACCACAGAGCAAAGGAUGCUGUUUUGUCACAUUCUACACAAGGAAAGCCGCGCUCGAGGCCCAGAACGCCCUGCACAACAUCAAAACCUUAACCGGGAUGCACCAUCCCAUUCAGAUGAAGCCUGCAGACAGUGAGAAGUCAAACGCGGUGGAGGACAGGAAGUUGUUUAUCGGCAUGGUGUCAAAGAAGUGUAACGAGAACGAUAUCCGGGUCAUGUUCUCCUCCUUCGGUCAGAUCGAGGAGUGUCGCAUCCUGAGAGGGCCAGACGGACUUAGCCGAGGAUGUGCGUUUGUCACGUUUUCUACCAGGGCUAUGGCACAGAAUGCAAUCAAAGCCAUGCAUCAGUCUCAGACCAUGGAGGGAUGCUCCUCCCCCAUGGUGGUGAAGUUCGCCGACACUCAGAAGGAUAAGGAGCAGCGGCGGCUGCAGCAGCAGCUAGCUCAGCAGAUGCAGCAGCUGAACAGCGCCUCCGCCUGGGGCAGUCUGACCGGCCUGACCGGCCUCACCCCGCAGUACCUGGCAGUAAGAGGCCACACCCACUCGGCCACGCCCAUCAGCACCACAUUGCUACAGCAGGCAACCUCGUCCAGUAAUCUAGGAGCGUUCAGUGGGAUCCAGCAGAUGGCAGGUAUGAACGCUCUGCAGUUACAGAAUCUGGCCACUCUAGCAGCGGCCGCCGCGGCAGCUCAGAGCUCGGCCAGCCCGUCCACCGCUAGUGCCCUGACCUCCAGCACAGGCUCCCUGGGAGCCCUGGCCAGCCCAGCAGGCUCCACGGCUAACUCGAGUGCUGGAGCGAUGGGUUCUCUCGGCUCUUUGGGAACCCUGCAAGGCCUCGCUGGGGCCACUGUGGGCCUCAACAACAUUAAUGCACUAGCAGGUAGCGUCAACAUUGCUCACAUGCUCUCAGGUGUGGCUGCCCUGAAUGGCGGCGGCUCGGCCGGCCCCAUGGAUGCCCUCACUCAGGCUUACUCAGGAAUCCAGCAGUAUGCCGCCGCCGCCCUGCCCACACUCUACAGCCAGAGCUUACUGCAGCAGCAGAGCGCCGCUGGGAGCCAGAAAGAGGGACCAGAAGGGGCAAACCUUUUCAUCUAUCACCUGCCGCAGGAGUUUGGGGACCAGGACAUUCUGCAGAUGUUCAUGCCUUUCGGAAACGUAGUGUCGGCCAAAGUGUUCAUCGACAAACAGACCAAUCUGAGCAAGUGCUUCGGUUUCGUCAGUUACGACAAUCCCGUGUCGGCACAAGCGGCCAUUCAGGCGAUGAACGGCUUUCAGAUCGGAAUGAAGCGCCUGAAGGUUCAGCUGAAGCGAUCUAAGAACGACAGCAAGCCCUACUGAUCUAAUUGCUAGGGCCACUCCUCUCUGUCCCUACACUGCUAGGAAACUCAUCUCCAUGACUCUUUGCUCAUCGUUUGCCUAGCAUGUCUACGUGGCGUUCAAAAAAAAAAAAAAAAGUCUCAUCGUCUCGUCAUUGUCUCCGAUGUCUUUCUGAGUUCUCCUGAUCAUAAUCUGGUCUCCUCCUACUGAUCUCUCCUCGACUUUGAUCUUAGCUUGGUCUUUGUUGGGUAAUUUUUCUUAUUUCUUUUUUGUUUGCAUGUGACCUCAUUUGGAGCUGGGUUUGUUUUUUCCCCCUGUUUUUGACUUUUUUUUUAUUUGUUUGUGUUCUUUCUCUUUUUAGUAUGAGUUCGGAAGGGAUGGGGGGGGUAUUGGCUGAAAAGAAGGAAGGAAGGAAGGAAAAAAAUGUGAAAAAGCUAGAGCGAUAAAGGCGCGUAUCGCACUCGCAGAAUAGGUAGAGUCUAUUUAAUAGCCGAACCCGACGCGUCGUCAUUUUUACAAAGCGCUGUUUUUGACAUUUUUCGCGAAACUUACUGAAUAAAAAAAACAACAACAAUUAAGACAAACCUGUGGCAAAAAAAAUUUAAAAGGAAUUUGCUAAUCAUUUGCUAGUUUUUGUAUGAUUUGCUUUACAUUUCAUUAUUAUAAUUAUUUUAAUUAUUCUAUUUUUCUUUUUCUUUUCAUUCAUUUAAAGUAAACUUGAAAGUACAAUACAGGGAUUGGCUUCGGGACUUCCUGUCAGCGCGAUUACAGGUAGACCGAGCUGGUUUCUACGAGAACUAGACUACUUCCAAGCAGUUUUAAUACGAAAAAUCUAUAUAAAUAUAAAUAUAUAUAUAUAAAUAAAUAAAAACUGUCUAAUUGAACAUAAAGAGUCUCUCAGAGCGAGCUUGUGGUUUUUACAUUUUUCAGGCAGUGUAAAGUUUUUUGAUAAGGCCAUUUGAAGUGGCUCGGUUUCUCAUUAAAGUCUAUAUAAAACCACUUUUUUCUAGAGUAGUAAAGGUAUUAAAAAACAAAAAAGACAAAAAAAAAAAACCACCAACGAAAUAAAAAAAAGAGUGCCCUGUUUGGGGGAAAUGCUACCUACAUGUCACACCUUUUUGCUGAACUGAUCUACCGUUAGACAAUCCGUGGUAUAAAUGCACAUGAAAUUACCUAUAUUUUAUACUGUUUAAAUGUAUAGAGGAAAAAAAAUAAAAACAAACAAAAAAAAAAACCCCAACAGUCUGUGUGACCCGCGUUCCCGUCGGUGCUUUUUGUGGAUUGAGUCGUGGUUUCAUCACAAGUCUAAUAGUCUUAUUCGUCUUGUGUUUUUAAAGAGAAGACUAAAAAUCGGUUUACUUGAACAUAGACAAAAACCUAUCAUAGUACUAUUGCUACUAGAGUAUACCUGUUGUUUUUUGUUUGUUUUUUUCUUUGUUUGUUUUUUUUUUUUUAUUCUCUUUUUAUUAUUAGGAGUCCCUAUUUGAAAUUUCUUGUCGGGUAAUUAGCUAUAUAAACCUUUUACAAAUGUCAGCUUGUGAAGCAUCAAUGUCAUUCUUCUUAUUUUUUCGAAUUGUGGGAAACAAUAUUUAGAUGUGUUGUUGCGCUCAGCGAAAUGUAUUUUUUUUUCUUUCAUACACACGGGAAAAAAAAAAAGAAAAAAAAAAAAAAAAACAACUAUGAGUGGACUUUAGUGCCAAAAUUCUGACGGUACAUCCUGCCUACAGCUUCAGUGUAUUACUUGUGAAAUGAUUUGAUGAUUUGAUAACAUGGGUAUUUUAUUACGUAAGUGUUUUGUAUCCCUCAUAUUUAAGGAUAUAGAUUAAAAAAAAAAAAAAAAAGGAAAAAAAAACAAGCGGUUGUUAACUUGCUACUCUGUGGUCUUGUUGCCUGAACUGUUCACGUUUUUUGCUUUCUUUCUUUCUUUCUUUCUUUCUUUCUUUCUUUCUUUCUUUCUUUCUUUUCUUUUCUUUUUCUUUUUCUUUUUUUUUUAUGUAAAGAUGUAAAAAAGUGCCCAUGUGUCAUUCUCUCUUGUUCUUUCUCUGUAUCUAUCUCCUAACUCACACACAUGCACGUGCACAACCAUACACACACACACACGCGCACCCACAUGCACGCAUACACACACCUGCGCUAAAGGUUGACCUCACAGCCCUCUUUUCUUCGAUGGUGUGUGUAUGUGAGCCCCCUGAGCACGAGUCUCAGCAGCACACACGUCUACAUCUACACCCCCCCACCCCAACACACACACACACAAACACACACACACACACAAAUUGGCAUCGUAUCGCGAGCCCGAGUGGCCAGAAGAAAUCACAGGGGAGCUGUACAGAGGUGUCAGGCAUGUGUCGAUAGUACAUGUACAUCAAACUCUAGCUAUUUGUUUGUUACCCUAUUUGAUUUCUUUUUUCUUUAACCUGCAUUUGUUUUUCUACCGAACACCGUGACGAUAGAAAAGCGCCCAAAGAAGUGCAAGAUAUUUGAUAUUCACAUCACACUGUGUUUUUUUUUUUUAACACUAGGGAAAGAGCUACUUCUCAAGUCUCAUAAAGGAAGUGUGUGCGCUAAUCGGUUUCACGGAUCGCAUUCAUGCUAACGCAAGGGUCAUCGGCAUCCCGGAAAAAACACACACGACUUAUCAAGAGCAGAUUAAACCCCCCCAAGCAUUCGCCAACUAUACGUUUUUAAUUAUAUCAAAUCCAAAAGUGUAUUAGAGUCGGUGUGGUGUAAAAUCUCACUAUUAAAUUCGAAAAACGUUUUUUUCGUACUGUAUUUUUGCGUUUUUCUCGGCACGUUCAAACUCCACGAAGGUAUACAGUUGUCCUGAUGCUUGGAAUGCAAUGCUUGAAACAGGAUAUACUUUUUAAUCUCAGAAGCACAAACACAGCAGAAAUCUCCCAAAUCUGACACCAUGGUAGCAGUGAUAAUGCUAUCCAUCUGCUAUAUAUUUAUAUAUAUAUAUAUAUAUAUAUAUAUAUAUAUAUAUAUAUAUAUAUAUAUAUAUAUAUAUACACACAUAUAUGUGUGUGUGUGUGUAAUGUGUUCUGAGUUUAUCGGCACAUGCCUGUUCACCUCGCUUCUGCAUCUUCAGGUCUUAAAAGCACCCUGACGCCAAAGGACACCUCACCCCCUGUCCACAGUAUCGUAUUUACCCAUUGCACUUUUUUGUCGGAAAAAAAAAGUUUACACGUGUUGUAAAUGAACCGUGUAUAUAUAUAUAUGUAUAUACACAUACAAUCUUGUUUACAGACGUGGUUUACAGCCAGCUCCCCCCUAAAAACCCCUGUUUACUUCUUCACUAAAGCACUAUUUUCUACCCAAAUCCUGCCUUAACAUGACGCUCAGUAUUAGUGGGGUGGAAUAGGCUGCUGUCUGAGUGCUGCCAAGGUUAUUUGUGCGUUUGUGUGUCUGUCUGGUGUGUAUGUGUAUUUGUUGUUUCUGUAUGUGUGUGGUUUUUUUGUGUGUGUCCCAAUAAUUCACCUGACCAACAGUACCAGAACUGCCAAACACACAGAGCUGCAGGGAGGGACAUCCUCUGUGGGAUUCGACUGCAUGGUUAAGCGUUAUGCCGUCACCAUUAGCUGGUCGCACAAGCACAAAAAAAAUACACAUAUGCUGCACAUGUAGGUGGGAAUAAAAACGGUUAGCACAAUACUAGUAUUAUUAUGUCUCAACUUAUAUCCCAGUCAGCACCAGGAAGAGAAAUACAGUAUUCCCCCGUUUAUCGCGGUGGUUACGUUCCAAAAUAGAAACGAAAUAAUAGGAAUGCCACCCCAAAAAUGCUAUUUUAUGUAUACAGUACUGUACUGUAUUAACAUUUUACUUCAUUUAACAAUUAAUAAUUAUAUUUAUUAAUACAUUUAAUUAUUUCAAACACCAAUAAAACAAUUCCCUAUAAGUGUUUUGGUCUAUCGUGCUAUGUGCGAGAGACCGGGAAAAUCAGCAAACAAAUGAGUUAUGUGGCAAAUGCGAUUCUGCGAUAAACCGUAAACCGGGGGAUUACUGUAAAGAUGUACUGCCUUUUCAGUAUAUCCACAACACACUACCAGUCAAAGGCUUUUUAUCAGUAUAUAUAUAUAUAUAUAUAUAUAUAUAUAUAUAUAUAUAUAUAUAUAUAUAUAUAGUUUUUUGUCAGCGCUUUGUCAGAGUUCCAGUGAAUCCCAGAACGUUGAAUGUGAAGAGGCAAAUACAUCCUGGUUCUACAGACUAUGGUUCAUUAGAGCAAGACAAAAAAUUUCUCAUGGAUGACCUAUUACCUAGAUAUGUUAAUUAAAUGCUUUACGAGCAAAGAGAAAAAGAUUUGAAACUGAAUUUAUAUAAUAUUGGUACAAGAAUCUAUAUUCCAAUAUUUUUCUGAUAUUAAAAAAUAACAUUUAAAAACUUUUGACUGGCAGUGUGCUCAUAUAUAUAUAUAUAUAUCUAUCGUUUACAACUCAGAGGUGUGUAACACCAGUUUAUACCCUAAAGCACAACGUUCAAAGCGUUCUGGGUUGUUUUUGUUAUCGAAAUGUCCAAUGAUGUCCAAUGAUUUCAUUCUUCAUGCUACUAAGGGCUCAUCCUCAUCUUUAGAACCCCCUAAUUUUAGCUGAUUACUGGCACUGCCCUGGACAUGGUGGAAGGGAUUAAACCAAGGUGCUCUGUCCUGAAGUAUAUAUAUAUAUAUAUAUAUAUAUAUAUAUAUAUAUAUAUAUAUAUAUGAAUAUAAUGCUGCACUAUGAUGUGUCCAAAUGACAGUGGGUAAAUGCAACAAAUUCUGAUGUCUCCCAGUGUGUGUGUGUGUGUGUGUGUGUGUGUGUGUGUGUGUGUGUCUGCUUCGCCACUUCUAAAACAAACAGGGUAAGAUUUUGCGAUCUCGCUACGCACAUAAUCCCCAACACACUCCAUUUAUUUAACACACACACACACACACACACACACACAUAAAAUCACACACAUUAGAUGUUUAGUAAAGCACAAAGUUGUAAGGGUCUUUGCAGAUGUGCUUGCUGAGGCUCUUUACUCAGGGGUUUUCUUCACCACACACAUCUUCUCUUAAAUCUGUUUGUUCUUUCUGUUUUUUGCUUUUCUCUUAAGUGCUAUUUAACAACAGUGUAUUUUAUGAGAAAAAAAAGUGGAGUUUCUUUGCAUUUUUUGCUUAUGUCAAGUUUUUUGGACAAAAAAAAUAAUACUGUAUGUGUGUUGAUCUCUGAUGUGCCGUAUAAAAAAAAGCUUGUUGUCUGUAGAUUAAUAUCAUUUUUGUUUAAUUCUAAAAGGAUUUGAGUAGUUUUAAGUAUUGUCUUGAGAAAAGCCAAAGUCAAUGCAUUUCAGUGGAUUAUGUAAGCGUGGUACAUGUUUGUUUGACUCCAUGGAAUCUGUCAUUGGAUGGAAUUUAAAAAGUACACAAAAAAAAUGCGCAGGCUUUCCUAUUUCUAAAACUGAUUGUACUUAUGCCUUUUGUACCAGUGCAACUUUUUAUACUGGCAAUUAAAGAAAAAAAAAUACACAAAAAAAAAAAAAAAAAACAAUACUGAGAGUCUGUCUGAGCCGGCGUUGGGGGUCGGCCAGCGGCUGUUCCCGAGUUUUGAUUUCUAAGUUGGCAUCCAGGAUGGUUUAGUUUUAAUAUAAAGAUUUUCUAGAACUUUGGCUUGCUAUCUUUGACCUUUGACAUCUUGUUCUUCUUCACUUCAGCGUUUGGUUUCCUUUCUCUUUAUCUCUGCUUUCUUUUCUCUUCUUUUUUUUUUUUUUUUUGGAAAGAGGGUCGGGAGUUUUCCUUUUGGCUUACAAGUACCUAAAAACAAAAAAAAAACAACAAAAAAAAAUCAAGUUUGUCUUUUUCAAAGUGUCUUUACGAAGGCGGUAAGUUUCAUUUUGUUCAGUAUAUUGUGCAGUCUCCAUGAUAAGACGAUUUAGAUGAUUUAGAAGUAUUUAGUCCCCUUCAGUGGAUAAAUGUAUUAGUUUGACAAAGAGAUGAAAAAAAAAACAAGUAAUUUGAGGACUUUUUUGCUUUUAGCUGUUUAGAAUUUUUCUGGUUUCUCUGUCCUUUGCUGUUAACCUAACUGUGUAGCUGAAACAGUCGGACUUAUUUUUGUAAAUGUACGUUCUUGUGUGAUGCAGUUUUUUGCUUCUGUCUCCGAUAUUAAAUCAUUUUUCCUAAUA